AUGGCUAGGUCGGCCGUCUACCUUGUUGAGUGGGACGAUGAGAAUGAAAAGCUCAAGAAGGCUUGGAGAGUCGUGGAUAUUCUGCGUAACCACAAUUGGGGGCUUCUAGGUGUAACGACGGAUUUUCUCUACAAGAUCAAUCGUCAACCAGCGGACAAAUGUGCACAAUGCUUCGAACCAUUCCCAGACGGCAUCUAUUUCGAAUUCGAAGGUAGAAAAUACUGUGAACACGACUUUCAUGUGUUGUACGCUCCCUGCUGUGGAAAAUGCAAUGAAUUCAUCAUUGGUCGCGUGAUCAAGGCGAUGAAUGCGAGUUGGCAUCCGGAAUGUUUCCGUUGUGAACUCUGCUCGAAGGCGUUGGCUGACAUUGGCUUUCUCAGAAAUGCUGGAAGGUUCGUCGGGUUUUGUGUGAGGACAACUUGA